AUGUAUUCAGGCUUUUCCAGCUUGACCUUUCGAAGCACAGUACGACGGCUCUACGCUACUUCCGGAUCCUCAGUUCAGUCAGCCAAACCAAGACUUAUCACCAGAAAAAGGGUUUUGCUGGCGGCAGGACUUCUCACGACAGCUUUUGUCAGUACCAACGAGACGUCCCAGGAUGUGAUCAAGCAUGUGGGUAUGACAUCCAGACGUGUAGGAGUAGUCACUCAAGCGACAAUUCGGUGUCUUUACAACUAUCAGCGAGUCUUAAAGCACGAUUUCAACUCUGAUGACGAUCGUCGUGUGGCCCUCAAUCAGUGUCAUCUGCUGUGUGCCAACAUUACCCUUCGCGCACUGGAGGCAAAUGGUGGUGUUUUUAUCAAGCUGGGCCAACACAUCGGUGCAAUGACCUAUUUAUUGCCCCCGGAAUGGACAGAAACCAUGAUACCACUGCAGGACAAAUGCCCGCAGUCAACGCAAGAAGAAAUAGCUGGCUUAUUCAAGCAGGAUUUGAAGCAGAGCUUGGAUGAGCUUUUUAUUGAAUUUGAUCCACAGCCUAUCGGCGUUGCAUCUCUAGCACAAGUCCACAUUGCGAGGCUCAGAGAAAAUGGUCAAAAGGUCGCAGUGAAAGUCCAGCACCCGUCAUUAAAAGAGUUUGUGCCCAUAGAUGUACUUCUGACCCAAACCGUUUUCAAUAUCGUUGACGUCGUUUUCCCAGAGUACCCACUGGGUUGGCUGGCAGAUGAACUUCAAAACUCGAUCUACGUGGAGCUUGACUUUACCAAAGAGGCGGGCAAUGCACGUCGGACUGCAGAGUACUUUGCGGACUAUAUACCUGAAACUGCCUUGCGCAUUCCCAAGGUAAUGGGUGCUAAUAAACGUGUCCUGAUAAUGGAGUACGUUGGCGGUCACAGGCUUGACGAUUUGGCCUACCUCGAUCAGAAUCACAUUUCUCGUGCAGAAGUUUCAUCGUGUUUGUCACACAUUUUCAACAACAUGAUAUUCACCCCAAACGUAGGUAUCCAUUGUGACCCCCAUGGUGGCAACUUAGCUAUCCGGCACAUCGAUCGGCCUCGCGGCCAUCAUAACUUCGAAAUCAUAUUAUAUGAUCAUGGCUUGUACAGACACCCAACAACAGAGAUGAGACGAGAUUAUGCCAAGUUCUGGCUCGCACUUUUGGAUAAGGACGAGCGUAACAUGAAAAAAUAUGCCACCAGAUUUGCUCACAUUGAGGAGGCACAAUUUCCACUUUUUGCCGCUGCAAUUACGGGUAGAAGCAUCGAUGCUGCGCAGAGCUCCGAUCUUUUUAAGCCCAGAUCCGAAGAAGAGAUCAAGGUAAUGGCCAAGGCCAUGACUGAAGGUUCUUUAUUGGGUGACUUGAUGACGAUCCUUUGUCGUCUUCCAGGGGUUGUGUUACUCAUUUUGAAAACCAAUGACUUGACACGACACUUGGAUGAAUGCUUGGAAAAUCCUUUGAGCAUGGAACGUACGUUUUUAAUCAUGACUCAGUAUUGUGCACGGACAGUAUAUGGCGAGGUACGCCAGAACAUAAAUCUUACCUGCCAUCGCUGGUCGUUUACGUGGAUAAUAAGAGAAGUAAAGGCAUGGUGGGACUACGAAAAGAGGAGGAAUCAGUUGGUUUUCUACGACUUCGCCUUUUGGUUCAGAAAUCAAUUUCUGCGCUCUCAUUAG